AUGGUAUUAGGAAAGAUGAAAGAAGUAGCAGAAAACUAUCUAGGGAGAGAAGUAAAGAAUGCUGUUGUUACUGUACCUGCAUACUUUAAUGAUGCUCAGCGUCAAGCUACAAAAGAUGCAGGAGCUAUUGCAGGUCUUAAUGUUAUUCGGAUCAUCAAUGAACCCACUGCUGCUGCUAUUGCUUAUGGUCUAGACAAAAAAGAUGAAAAAACUAUACUUGUUUACGAUCUUGGUGGUGGUACCUUCGAUGUGUCUGUACUCGUCAUAGAUAACGGCGUCUUUGAAGUCCAUGCAACUUCAGGUGAUACUCACUUGGGAGGAGAAGACUUCGAUCAAAGAGUGAUGGAUCAUUUCUUGAAAAUAAUUCAAAAGAAAUUCGGAAAAGAUCUGCGAAAAGAUAAGAGCGGCCUGCAGCGGCUCCGUCGUGAAGUUGAACGAGCGAAACGUGAUACUCACUUGGGAGGUGAAGACUUCGAUCAAAGAGUGAUGGAUCAUUUCUUGAAAAUAAUUCAAAAGAAAUUCGGAAAAGAUCUGCGAAAAGAUAAGAGCGGCCUGCAGCGGCUCCGCCGUGAAGUUGAACGAGCGAAACGUGCGCUUUCCUCAUCUCACCAGGUCACGGUAGAGGUUGAGGGUUUGGUUGACGGCGAGGAUUUCUCAGAAACAUUAACUCGUGCAAAAUUUGAAGAAUUAAAUGCUGAUCUAUUCCAAAAAACAUUAAAACCUGUGAAACAAGUUUUAGAAGAUGCAGAUCUGAAGAAAUCUCAGAUAGAUGAGAUUGUUCUUGUUGGUGGUUCAACUCGUAUUCCAAAGAUACAACAGCUUAUUAAGGAAUUUUUCAACGGAAAAGAACCAAACAGAGGCAUCAAUCCCGAUGAAGCUGUUGCAUAUGGUGCAGCUGUUCAGGCUGGUAUUCUAUCCGGAGAAGGAACACAGGAUAUGGUAUUGCUUGAUGUUACGCCUCUUACACUCGGUAUUGAAACUGCUGGUGGUGUUAUGGCGAAGGUCAUCAACAAAAACACCGUCAUUCCCACCAAGAAAACACAAACUUUCUCCACUUACUCAGAUAACCAAUCGGCUGUGCUUAUUCAGGUGUACGAAGGUGAGCGCCCGAUGACGAAGAACAACCAUCUUUUGGGGAAGUUUGAAUUGACGGGUAUUCCUCCAGCUCCUCGUGGUGUGCCUCAGAUAGAUGUUACAUUUGACGUGGAUAGAAACGGUAUAUUAAAUGUGAGUGCUGUAGAUAAAGGAACAGGAAAGAGCGAGAAGAUUACUAUAACAAAUGAUAAAGGUAGAUUAACACCUGAUGAGAUAGAAAGAAUGAUACAAGAAGCAGAGAAAUUUGCAGAUGAAGAUAGAAAGAUGAAAGAAAGAGUAGAUGCAAGAAAUGCAUUAGAGGGGUAUUUACACUCAAUGAAAUCAACUGUUGAGGAUGGAGAUAAACUAGCAGAUAAAAUAGAAGAUGAUGAUAAAAAAACUAUCACAGAUAAACUAACGGAAGCAAAUGAAUGGCUUGUUGCUAACCCAGAAGCAGAUGGAGAAGAAUUAAGAGAUAAACUAAAAGAAGUAGAAAGUGUAUGUAACCCUAUCAUCUCUAAGGUGUAUGGACAGACAGGAGGAUCAGCAGAUACAGGAUCAACAUCUUCAUCUGAUGAUGAUUACAAUAGCCACGAUGAAUUGUAA